AUGCACCUACUCCAGUGUUUCAGCGAUCCUUGCUGCAAUCGAAGCGUUUUCUCGUGUUUUACCUGGACUUGUCCUGAUGACAAUGACAAAGGCAAUGACAAAGGCAAUGGCAAUGACAAUGAAUAUGGACAGAGAAAUCCUGAUUUAGGGUUGUUUGGUGCUGAAAGUACCUAUCUUAAGUCUGAAGCAAAGAGCACUCCUCCCUUUAUUAAUAGUAUUAGAAUUCCUGAAGGACCCUACAUUGUGGCAGGAGUCAACAGCUCUGAACGAGUACUCAUACCGGAUACCAGCCCACCAUUGCUUGCAGCAGACCCAUACAUGGACUUGUACAAUUCAACACAAUCACAAUCACAAUCACAAACCAAUUGCCCACAUGCUCAGCCUGAUCUCAAGAGAUGGCACGACCCAAACACAUGGGGACAACUGGGCAUCCCUCAGGCUGGACGAUCCGUUACUAUUCCUCAAAACACAAAAGUAUGGAUUGAUCUCACCAUUCCAUACACUCUCAGGUUCAUUACUGUGCCUUCCACAUCACAACUCAUCAUCGGACCCAAUCCACAAUAUGAUGCACGUACAGAAUAUACAGAUGGAACAGGAAUACACAUUCAAGCACACGGAAUACAAGUUUUUGGACAUUUGAUUGUGGGGGCCCAAACUUGCCCCUCGCUAACACCCGUCACCAUCACCCUUCAUGGAAACAGACCCGGGCAUACCGUUGUACCCCCACCAGCCGAACACAUCAAGGGAAUCUCUGUCAAGGGAGGAACUCUCAGUCUACAUGGAAAACGAUACUACCACACAUGGGCAAGGCUCGCAAAGACCGUAGAAAUAGGAACCAACACAAUACUUAUACAGCAACCCGUAAACUGGGAUACAGGAAGCAAAAUCGUACUCGUCACCACCGCCAUGAAAGACUCCAGAGAGUGGCAUCAAAAUGAAGUACUCACUGUCCACCAAGUAUACAACAAUCCAAAUCAAAUGCUGGGGGCACUAGUUAUUGUCCAAGAAAACACACAAUACAGACACAUUGCAAACUCGGCAUAUCAGGGAGAAGUGGCACUCUUGUCAAGAACAAUCACUAUUCAGGGAGCACCUCACGAUUCCGAACCAACGGACCCUGAUCCACUCACUUGCCACAGCAAUCACCACAAUUGGUGGGGAAGUACUCACAUGCCCUGCGCAAACAAAGAAAUCACCGGAUACGGGGGACAUGUCAUGAUCUGGCACGGUGGAAAGGCAUUCGUUGACGGGGUACAACUAUACAGAAUGGGACAGACAAAUGUCCUCGGAAGGUACCCCAUGCACUUUCAUUUACUUGGGGAUCAUUGCUCAACUUGCUACUUCAAGAGUAGCACCAUCUGGCGCAGCUUCUAUCGAUGCAUAUCCAUACAUGCCACAAACCAAAUCACCGUACAAGAAAAUGUGGCAUACGAUGUCACUGGAUAUUGCUAUUAUCUAGAAGAUGGAGUCGAACAGAAUAAUACUAUUGCAUACAACCUGGCAGCUCAUGUACACAUCAUUGGGGAACCUGCCUGGGGAACCGGACAAAAAAUUGAACCAGUCGUCGAAAGAGACGAUCUCAUCUUGCCCGCCGAUAUCACAGCGUCUGGAUUUUAUAUUACCAACGUGCACAACCGAAUCGUUGGCAACGCUGCAAGUGGGGGAUGGGCUGGAUUUGCUUUUCCAAAUCUUCCGCAGGCACUGCAAACUCAUCGGCAACUCAACUUUCGGCCUUCCAUCGUCACAUCGUUGGAAAUUGAUGGGAACACGGCGCAUUCCACUGGGUGGUGGUGGGAUCAUGCCGGGGGAUUCUACUUUGGAGGUGUUUUGUACUACAACAGCCAAGACAAGCUCGAAUACAAUGCCGGUCGAGAUUGGAACUUUACGGAUCACGGCCGAUGGCCUUGCAAAAUCAACAGCUGCGAAUUGUUGAGCGCAUGUUACAAGUGCAACUAUAAUGAUCAAGCUUGGAAUCGGGUCUCAAACAGCAAAGUUUUCCUGGUUCCUGGUGUCGCAUACAAUUCAUGGCAUGGACGCAUGGAAGUGGAAGGAAUCGAAGCACACGACGUUGGGUUGGCUCUGGAGUCUCUCUCCAACGGAUUCUGGCUGAAAGAUAUGUUAGCUGUUUGCCGGACUGGUGAGCCAAUCGCAAUGCCCCCGGGAGCAUCCAUGACGAGAGUUCGAGGAGAUGGAUUCUUUUGGUACGAUACCAAUCAGGAGCACAUCAUAACAGACUCGACGUUCCGCAAUUGUGGAUACAGGAGCCUACAAUACGACCAGUACGAUGCCUCGCCAGACAGAGGAUGCAGCAACGAUCCAUACAGUGGAUGCAGCAGCCAGUCAUCCGUAUUUGGAUUUCGGGUGCACUCAGAUCAACACACUCCCGAAGUGAUGCAGGGAACCAAAAACAUCACAUUUGAAAAUUGUGGACGCCGAUUCUAUCUUUUCAACUUCCUUGGAACGGAUGCGCCCAUCACAGUAUCUGGCAGAGGCCAGGGAUGGCUUGAUGUUGAUGGAAGCGCUGCCAAUACAGGUUUUCCGACGUUAAUUGGAUCUGGAUUCGGCGAUGUCAAGGAUUGGUGGGGAGUGGACGAUGAAGUCGUGUACGAUCCACAGGGUCCUCUGCGCUUUGUGCGACAACAGCGGGAACGGGGAAUUGGCCAUAUCAGUCUCAGUUGGGCUGGGUUGAUCCAUGAUCAGGUAGGAGACGAGCUUUGUGGUAACGGCAACGGCGCUUCAUGCCCUCGAGUGGGAACUAUCAGGCACAUGGGACCCAAGUUCAGCCCCCAUGCAGGGAACGCAGAGGCGAUGGUGGUGACAGCAAAUGCAGAUAUUGUCGGCCCUGUGGGUGGAUUUGGAUGGCUUCUCGAGUUGGAUGAAGGGGCUCCCAAAACGCUGCGUGUGGACAUUCCAGAGAUCAUGCCGGAUACACCGCUUCUGCUAAGUAUUGCCUACCCCCUUGGAACCUCAGUUAACAUCACUCAGCAUGCAGCUAGAUGGUGUCGUGCAAACAGCGAGUUCUCAUGCUCCGAGCCAUUUUCCUCUGUCGACUCGGUCGCAGAAGUCCGUAAUGGUCUGGGCAAUACGUAUCAUUUGGGCAGCGAUGGUUUGCUUACUUUGAGAAUCAUUCAAGGUCCGCGCGACUUUGUGGGUCGUCCUGAUUGGUUCCUUCCGUCGUACGACGACCCCGGACGAAAUGGCGGAUUCGCCUGGGCCCGGUUCGAACGCGGAGGGGUGAUUUUGCCCUUGGUUCAAACUGGCCCUCACCUGCUCAUCGAAGCAGACUGCGAAGUUGGGGAGACUAGAAGUGCGUAUUGUCGGGAUUACCCGUCUCGAUUGGACCCUGACGUGUGCCCCACAGGUUACAAUCAAACUGCUUUUGAUGCUUGCUGUCGCACGAGUGAUGGCCGUAGCGGCACUGAGUGUGUUUAUGCGUCGGGGCCAUCAGAGGAGGAGGAACCGUAG